AUGAUUAAUUGCUUAGCCAAAAAUGAAAUCUUAAGUGCCAGGGGGGCAGGGAGCGGCUCUGUGGGUGGGGCGGGAGGCAAGGGUGGGAAGGGGAUAGCGGGCGCUCAUAGAUUGAGGAUCGGGUCGUGGAACAUAGGCACCCUGACGGGUAAGUCCAUUGAGUUGGCGAAGAUUCUUCAGAAAAGGAGAGUCAGCAUAGCUUGUGUGCAGGAGACUAGGUGGAAAGGGUCGAAGGCGAGGAAUGUAGACGGGUAUAAGCUGUGGUAUUCUGGGGUCGUGAGGGGUAAGAAUGGAGUGGGUAUCUUGGUGGAUAGGGAUCUUAGGGAGUCCAUGGUGGAGGUUAGGCGAGUGAACGAUAGGUUAAUGUCUAUUAAUUUGGUUAUUGGUGGUUGGGUCCUCAAUGUCAUCAGCGCUUACGCGCCGCAAGCAGGCCUAGACGAGGAGGUUAAGAGGCGCCUUUGGGAGGGCUUGGACGAGUUGGUGAGUAGUAUUCCCCAAUCUGAGAAGUUAGUUAUUGGAGGGGAUUUUAAUGGUCAUAUUGGGGCUGAUGCUGGUGGUUAUGGUGAGGUGCAUGGUGGCUUUGGCCUUGGGGUUAGGAACGGAGGAGGCACUUUGCUGCUUGAUUUCGCCAGGGCUUUCGAGCUUUUGAUUGCGAACUCGUCAUUUCAGAAGAGGGAGGAGCAUUUGGUUACUUUCAAAAUUUCGGCGGCGAGGACUCAGAUUGAUUACCUCCUCCUCAGAAGGAGCGAUAGAGGGUUGUGCAAGGACUGUAAGGUGAAGAGGAAGAGGAGGGGUGCUCGGGGCAGGCCGCGGAUUAGAUGGGGAUCUUUGACUAAGGAGAAAGCCCAGGAGUUGGAGAGGAGGUUAGCUGAUGGUGGAGCUUGGAGAAGUUCUGGGGAAGCGGACGCAAUGUGGUCAGUGACGGCGAACUUGGUUAGGGAGGCAGCACGGGAUGUGCUCGGGGUAGCCAAGGGCUAUUCAGGCAGACAUCAAGGUGACUGGUGGUGGAACGAUGUAGUCCAAGGAAGAGUGGAGGCGAAGAAGGCGGCAUUUUCUAAGUUGGCAGGGAGCUCAAGCGAGGAAGAAAGGAGAGUCAACAGGGAGAACUACAAGGUGGCGAGGAAGGAAGCGAAGCUGGCGGUCACGGAAGCAAAAAAUGCGGCGUUUGGUCGCAUGUACGAGGAAUUGGGGGAGAAAGGCGGGGACAGGAAGUUAUUCAGGUUGGCUAAAGUGAGGGAGAGGAAGGCGCGGGAUCUAGACCAAGUUAGGUGCAUCAAGGACGAGAAUGGUAGAGUUCUGAUGGGGGAGUCUCAAGUCAAGCAGAGGUGGCAGGCGUACUUUCGAGACCUGCUUAACGAGGAGGGGGAUCGAGUCGUAGAGCUAGGGGAGUUGGGGAAUUCAGAGUGUCAUAGAGACCUUGGGUACUGCAGGCGCAUUAGGGUGGAGGAGGUCGUGGGGGCUUUGCAUAGGAUGAGUAGGGGUCGAGCGACCGGGCCAGACGAAAUCCCGGUGGAGUUCUGGAAAUGCAUAGGUAGGCCAGGGGUAGAGUGGUUGUCCAGGUUGUUCAAUGUGAUCUUGAGGACUAAGAGGAUGCCGGAGGAGUGGAGCCACACCAUGAAAGUCUGGGAGCGGGUGGUUGAGGCGAGGGUGAGGGAGAUGACGUCUAUAUCCGUGAACCAGUUUAGUUUCAUGCCGGGCCGCUCCACUACAGAAGCUAUCCACCUUGUCAGGAGAUUGGUGGAACACUUCAGGGAUAAGAAGAAGGACCUGCACAUGGUGUUUAUCGACUUGGGAGAAGGCGUACGACAAGGUCCAAGGGAGGUGCUAUGGAGGUGUCUGGAGGCGAAGAGCGUGCGGAAGCCUACAUCAGAGUGA